AUGGCGGCUAAGGAGGUGGUGUACGACACUUUCUCGGACGAACUGCGUGCUGGGUACACGGCGAGAGUGCAGGCCCGUGAAGCAUGGUGUGAGGAAGUGGCGACAUCGCAUGAGCAGCGUGAAGCCCGCGACAAGGCCCUUGCCCAGCAUGCUGCCAGCGUCGCAAGAUCUCUCAGGCUGGGUGACAUUUCUCGUGGCCGUAAACGCCUGCAUCCUGCAUGA